CUCGGAGCUGGUGUGAGCUCAUAGGAUGUGCGUAACCGUAGUAUGAUGCUAGAAGCUUGUGCGAAGGCUGGACGCCCACCACUAGUAACUGUGCCGACCAAGACUGCAUGUUCCUGAGCUCUCUCCAUCCCAUUACCUCAAUCUUCCGGCCCGGUAUAGAGAGGUUAUCGUGAAGCAUCUCACUCUACAGCUCACCACUGUUCCUCAACCCUAAUAUAAACCUACUACAUUUCCCAUGGUGCUACCACGGUCGUCGGCCCUCCGGGGCAGCAUCCGGUCGUUUACGCUCAGACGAGCCGGCACUCAAGCUCGAACAAACCUGCGUGCGAUCGGCCGUCGAGGCUACGCCAGCGAGCAUGGCACACAGAAAAGCAGUGAUCUCCCAUGGUUGAUCGGCUCCGUCGCCGUCACCGUUCCGGCGGCAUCAUGGCUGUUGAGUCAGGGACCGAAGACGUCUGACCACGGUCACCAUGAUGAAAGCCAUGCCACCGAAAAGCACGAGGAGGCACCCGCGGAAGAAAGCACCGAACAACCUACGGAAGAGUCUGAGGAGAAGACCGAAGAGAAGGGCGAAGAGUCCCAGGAAGACGCUGGCCAGGAGGGUGGCCAAACCAGUGAUGGGCGAUCAGAAACAAGCGAGGAAGAGACUACCAAGGGAUCAUUGCCCGAGGGUGAGAGCCGAGUUUCGGAGAAGCAAGGAGAUAAGGGCGCUCAAAAAGACGUGUCUGGCGCCAGCAACCCGUUUAUGGGUGCGGAUGAAGAAAGCAAGAAGCCUGAGGGAAUGGCUGCGACGGCCAAGAUUAAGGGCACAGUCGAUCCAUCACGGCCUACCGGCGCCAGCCAGAAGGGUGCGGACAAGUCCAAGGAACAAGGAGACGACGACACCUCCAACUAAAUUGCAAUCUUGCUGGUCUAGAAACACCAUCAACUCAGCACGGCAAUGCGAUGCAUGUCCAGAGGACAAUGGAAUGUUCUCCAUACUAGCUGUUGUUAAUGUACAUAAAGCAACCUCGAACAAACCGUCAGCAUCACACCACUUUCUGACCCCAGCCAAGUGUGCUGCACAGUAAUUUGGAAGCUAAUGGUCUGUACCUACUACUAGUCCCAACACAGAUACUGCUACGCCCUUCGCUUGACAGACUGUGACAUUGGCUACAAGGUCAGAAAAUGCAUGGAAUGGUGUAUUCCCUUGAAUGAUGCUUCCAUGAGAAACUUGCAGUGUGAACAUUCCUCCAAUUUUUACCCUUACCAGGGUCUCCAGUUCCGGUAUACACUUUAGCGAUGAAAGGUCCCUACCACUACUGGACUUCUCAGUAUUUAUCUUGAACUUGAAACCCUCCACCGGUGGCUUACUGGAUACUGGCCCGGCGCCUUGACGAAGUUAUACUUUUUUAUCAGUCUCCCGUCGCAUUCACUUAAAAGUACCACCUCUUCUUCAGUCAAGCCGUCUACGUGAUUCCAUGCAUUAACAGAAUGGACCCUCUCCAAGUGCCAGCACAACGCGCCCCAUCUUAUAGGUGAAAGCCACUGAGUCUGAGAAUCGGACCUUGAAGAGCUCAAUCAUCCGAAGGUAACUGGGUGAACUGUGAUUCGGCCCGAGCAUGAAACAACAUACAGAUGGUGAAAGCCGAAAACUUGCAGGCGGCCGUCAAGGCGACACUGACGCAGACCCAUACAAACAAUUCCAGUACCGUGACAGCCAUGAUAGAGGUAUAUAUCAACGUGCCAGCCACAUAGUAUAUGGCCCAAAAAAAGCUGGACGAUCCACCAUUCAUCUUCACCCUGGAUAGCGGAAACGAACUUUCCAGCGGGGCCACUGCCAGUGGUUUCCGAAAGCUGAAUGUUUUUUCGAACGUUAUAUCUUUCAGGAUAUUUCAGCCGAUAUCUCGUGCAAGCGACGUGGAAAGCCGCAGGGAAAAUGGCGACCAGAUAGAAAGUAACAACAAAUAUCGGGUACGGACAACCAAGAGCCGAUCGUUUCGAGUAUAUUUCGGUCAAUGCCGUAGCUGCUAUCGUAAGGAGCAUCAUGGCUGAGCACAAGCCGAUCAUGCUCCAAGGGUACUUGCGAACCCAGUCGAAGACAAAGAACGUCUUCCACCACUUGACGAUAUCGGUGUGUCUGGCGGGGUCCACGACCGUCG